CUCUCUCUCUCUCUCUCUCUCUCUCUCUCUCUCUCUCUCUCUCUCUCUCUCAUCACAUGUUUUUCCACAUUUAUCCCCAGCCGACGCCCACUCCCUCUUUGUCUCGGCUGUAAUUUUCACCAUAUUCGGUUUCAAUCUCACACCUUCCAUCCCCCGGCGAUCCGCCCUCUCCUCCGCCGCCCACUCUUCCCUUCCAGUGCGAGUUUUUUUUCUUCUGCGAUUGGUUCAACCCUCAAAGAAUUAGGGUUUCCAGUUUUGCACAUUGGAUUGGAGUGUUCGGUUUCGUUAUAAUUAGGGUUUCAAUCUCCAAUCUGAGCAUUGAGUCUGUCUCGGCGAUUUGCAUCUGGGGUUUUUUCGUUAUUCGAUUUGGAAUUUCAAAUUUUCGUCGGGGGAGAUUUUAGAUUUUUUGAAUUUUGAGUGUUUCGCUGUGAUGCCGAGGAGUACAAGGCACAAAUCAAGCAAGCAUAGUUCGAGGGAUGCCAGGGAGUACUCGGAUUCGGAGAAGGAUUCGAGCUUGAAGGAUCGUAAGAGCAAGGAAGAGAGCGGUGUAGUUAGGGUUUUAAAGGAUUCAAGUUCGAGUGAGAAGCGGAAGCUUGAUUUGAAGAAUGGGAAGGACUCGUAUGGCGGCUCCGGGAACGGGGACUAUUUGGAGGAUUCAGUAUCGGCUAAGCGGCGCAAGGAGAGGGUUGAUGAUGGAGGGAGUGAUAGGUGGAAUGGCGGGGAGAAUGAUAACCGAAGAAGCAGUGAGGGUUCGAAGAAGUCAUUGAAGGCAUCAGGGGAGUCCAAGAGUAAGAAGAGAGAUGAGAGUGUGGAGUUGUAUGCAGAGGGAGGCGAAGUGAAGAAGAGUUCGACUAGUAGUGGAAAGGGUGAAGGGAAGCAUAGGGAUAGGGAUAGGGAUAAGGAGUCGAUUCGAAAGGAUGGUAAGGAAGGUGGUGGAGCAGAGAGGGACAAGGAAAGGGACAGGGAGAGAGAAAGGGAAAAGAAAGGUAAAGAUGGGAGAACGGAGCGAUUGGUCGAUGAACAACGUGUCAUUGCCAAGCAAGUCAAUGAAAAAACUGAUUUAAAUGCACGGGAUGAAUUGGAAAGUCCUGAUGCAGAUAACCAGAUUGAUAGACGAAUGAGGAAAAGAAGAGAUGAUGUUGGUGAUGGGGAUAAGCAUCUAGAUGAUGUGGAAGACAUCAAUGAUGGGCGAUUAUCUUAUAGGGAUGAUUCUGGCAGGGAUACCAGGAAGAAGGAUGAGAAGCGGAAGGAUGAGAGAUACAGAGAAAAGCAUCGGGAAGAUGCGGAUAAGGACAAUAAGCACCGAGAUGAGCGCCCUCCAAAGGAUUAUGCAAGCAGCAAGUCUGAUGACAAGCAUUUGAAAGAUGAAAAAGAUUUGAUAGAAAUGCAACAGAAGAGAUCCAAGAUCCAGGAUGGGGAAAGCAAAGUAGAUCAUGAUCGCGAUCGCAAUAGGGACCGUGACUCAUAUCAUGUUCGUGAUCGCGACCGCUACCAUGAUCGCGAUCGUGAACGUGAACAUGGGUGGGAUCAUGGUCGUGACCGUGAUUAUGAUCGUGAUUGGGAUUGGGACCGUGAUCGGGAGCGGGAUGGGGACCGCGAGCGAGACCGCAAUCAUGACCGUGAUCGGGCCAGAGACCGUGAUAGAGAUGGUGAUCGAGAUUAUGAUCGGGACUAUGAUGGGUCACAUAUUGAUGAUCGGAGCACUAGAUACAAAGAUAGUAGCAGGGGAAAGAAAAGAUCUCCGGAUGACCGCGAUGAUGGCAGUGAUAAAUCUAGAGGUAUGAAAGCUCGGUGUUCUGACUUGGAAAAGAAGUCAUCGAGUGGUGAUAGAGUUGAGCCUGAUGUUAAUAAGGGAAGAUCUCAGUCACGGCAAGCUUAUGUAGACACUAAAUUGAGUAGCAAUAAACGCAGGACUUCCCCCGUUUCUAAUUCACAUGGCGGCAUAGAUGAGUACAGGUAUUCGAAUCCAGAAGAUUUGAAAUAUAGGGAUUCUGGAGUAGAGCAUAGGUCCAAAGCAAUGCCUCCUAGAGAUGGGUCUGGUUUGGCUGGAGUUUCAGAAAGAAGUUUCAAGUACAGAUCCAUGGAGAGACCCAAUAAAAUGGAUGAUAACCAUUUAGGCGAGAUGUCAAAUGACAAGUCUUCAAUUUCCAAGGCUUCACCCCUGCCCUUGAUGGAAAGGUCUCCUUCAUCAUCAAGUAUUGACCGCAGGUACAUCAACAGAACUGGUGUCAGACGGAGUCUUGACAUUGAAGAAACAGGUCGAAGAAGCAGUGCUUCCAUGGACAAUAUAGAUUUCUCUAACACUGAGGAUGGACUGGGUCGGGACCUACCAUCAGAGAAGCCUUUGGUAGACGAGUCAUCUCCUGCUGAUUCGUCAGCUCACAAUAGAAGUAGUCAGAGUAAUUUGUCUUCUCUGUAUCCUCCUCAUCCCAAUUUCAGGGCCGGAGCUGACAGCCCUUUUAUUGGUUCAAUGGAAGAAGAUGGUAGAGGCAACUCCAGUGCACGUUACAGAAGGAGUAGUGAUCCCAAUGUGGUUCGAGGGCAUGGUAAUGGUAAUGCAUGGAGGGGCAUUCCAAGCUGGACUUCACCAGUGCCAAAUGGGUUCAUGCAUUUCCAACAUGGGGCACCUCAUGGUGGUUUUCAGGGGAUGUUACCGCAGUUUCCAGCUCCACCAAUUUUUGGUGUUAGACCUUCAAUGGAUAUCAACCACUCUGGGAUGCCUUAUCAUAUGGCUGAUGCUGAGAGAUUUCCCGGUCACUUGCGGCCACUUGGGUGGCAGAACAUGAUGGAUGGUCCAGGCCCUUCCCACAUGCAUCUAUGGGAUGUGAGUAAUGGUGCCUUUAGGGAUGAGAAUCACAUGUAUGGGGGUGCUGAAUGGGAUCAAAGCAGGCAUCCAAUGAAUGCUCGUGGAUGGGAAUCCAGCGGUGAGGCAUGGAAAGUACAUAACAACGAUGUGAAAAGGGACUUGCCUUCCCCAGUUCAGAAAGAUGAUUAUCCUGUGCAGGCUGCUAUGGAUGAUGCUGUGGCUGGGAAGAUGGGUCAGGCGCCUCACCAUGAGGAUAACCUGGAUCUUGGAAUUUCUAGAACUGUUGAAAGAAGGUCCACUAUGACCUCUCCUCUAAAGGAGUCUAUGCCUAAAAGUGGUCAUGAUAAGUCACCUGGUCGCUCUAAAUUACGAAGUGAUGACAUCCUCUGUUUAAGUCAUUAUUAUCUUUCCAAGCUUGACAUUUCAGCAAAACUUACUCAUCCCGAGGUGUAUACGCAGUGUAUUGAGCGGAGCCCAAUUGUUGAUGAAGAUGCUACUACACACACAAUUUUGGAGGGUGCAAGGGCAGGAUUGAAAUCGUCCAAAAUCUUAUUGAGGUCCUCGCCUUUUCCUCCCUUGAAGGAUUCUGUCUUUCAGAAAGCGAUGAAUCUUUAUAAGAAGCAGAGGAUGGAAACGAGAGUCUUGCCAGUUAUUGCUGGAGGAGCAUUGGACAUUAUUUUAGCAUCUAAUCAGGAGAAUAUGGAAGCAAAAGUCCAUUGCGAUGGGGAGAAAGUAGAGGAGUUAGUCCCGGCUUCUGAUAUAGAAAUGGCAGACGCUCCAGAUUAUAAAAAUGCUGGCACUGCAUCGGGUGAUGGCGCCGAGGAGAGACUGGAGGUACCAGUUUCAUCUCCGAAUCACGAGGUGCAGAAUGGCACAUGCGUCCCUUCUCCUAUGUUGGGAAUGCCAGUUGAUGAUAAUGGUGGAAACAAAGCAGGGGAUCCCCAAACAAUCUCAAAUGGGGUGGAAAUAGAAUCCUCGGACCAGGCGAAAUUAGAUGAUAGCGAUGCAAAUGGUUUCUCAUCACCUGAUAACGAAUCUCUUGCUACCACCACUUUACCUGCAGCAGCUAAUGACUCAAAUGUGAUUAGCAAGACUAAAGAUGAUAAUUCAAUUGGUCAGGCUUCUAUCGACGGUGCGGCAGAUGCAGUAACUGGUCCUUUAAUAAUACCCAAGGGUUCCCCAAAGGCUUGUGAGGCUUUGAUUUCGGGGUCUAAUGAGUCUGAUUCGGUAAAUUUAAGUCGGAUACAUCAUUCUCCUGAAAGUACACAUUGAACAAUUUCUUCUAUAUCCAUGUUCUUUUUCUUUUCCGUUCCUUUUAUUGCGUUUUUAAGUUCGUUAUGCUCAUCUUAUUUUCUGUGGCUUCUCAUUUCAGCAAGGAAAUAAAAUCAAAAUUUGGGGUUUCGGCUCCCUUGAGCUUUGCCCAUAGUCCUGUUUCUCCUCCA